ACUUGACUAACAAAAACCAAGAAUUCUGAACAUAUCUGAAUGUAUUUUUUUAAAAUAAUUAAUCUUGGUUUUCUCCCAAUGUUGGUUCUUCUUGCUUUAGUUCUUACAUCAGUAAUGGUUCAUGCCCAGAAUGAUCAAUCAGGCAUCAUAAGCAUCGACUGUGGGAUAACAAAAGGCUCAACAUACACCGAUAAUUCAACUGGCAUAAACUACGUAUCAGAUGCUGAAUUCAUAGAUAGUGGCGAAAUAUAUAACAUAUCGUCUGCUUCUGAUAAACAGCUUAGCACACUUACAAGUUUUCCCAACAACACCAGAAACUGUUACACCCUAAGACCAAAAUAUGGAAAGGGUAACAGGUUUCUGAUAAGGGCAAGCUUCAUGUAUGGGAACUAUGACUCGAAGAACCAUCUUCCAGAAUUCGAUGUCUAUCUUGGACCUGAUUACUGGGACACCAUGAGAUUUAAUUCGUCAUCUCAACCAAGAACCAUGGAGAUUAUACAUGUCUUGUUAUCAGAUUUCAUGCAUGUUUGUAUUGUAAAUACAAAUGGAGGAACGCCUUUCAUAUCAGCCAUCGAAGUAAGGCCUCUGGCAAAUCAUAUGUACAACCAAACUGAUGCCGGAUCUUUAUACGCUGCUACACGUGAAAUUUCGGAUCAAAAUCUACAACAGUCAGGUAUAAAGCUGACAAGGUCAUCCCCAAACUUAGAACUACCAUUUGAUGUCAUGGGUAGUGCUGUCACGCCAAAAAACCUGAGUCUUUCAUUUGACAUCGAGUGGGAUCCUGUUAAUACAAGCGAUACAUUUUUCAUUUACAUGCACUUUGCUGAGAUUGAGCAACUAAAAAGAAACCAAACUAGAGAAUUCAUCAUUUAUCUAAAUGGGAAGCUAUGGCAUGGACCUCUGAAUCCACUAAAUCACACAACAACCACUAUUCCUAGCAGUCAACCGGAGGCAAUAGCAUCAAGGUAUACACUCACAAUAAAUAAAACUAGAAAUUCAACCCUUCCUCCAAUCAUCAAUGCUCUCGAGCUUUAUGUGUUAAAGAAACUCCCACAAAAGCAAACUGAGGAUCAAGAUGCUUCUGCAAUAUGGAGUAUCAAGUCUGUAUAUGGUGUAAAAAGACACUGGCAAGGAGAUCCAUGUGCUCCACGGGAAUCUAUUUGGAUUGGUCUUGACUGCAGCUACAAUGAUGCUGAUUUGCCUCGGAUCAUAUUCUUAAACUUGUCUACUAGUGGAUUGAGUGGAGAAAUACAUCCUGGAUUAGCUAAUCUCAUAAUGAUAGAAACCUUGGAUUUGUCCAACAAUAACUUAACAGGACCUGUGCCUGAUUUUCUGUCUAAAUUGAAUUCUCUGAAAGUCCUCAAUUUAAAAGGAAACAAUUUCAGUGGACCCAUUCCAAAAGAGCUUUUAGCAAAGGCAAAGAAAGGAUCAUUGCGUUUGAGUAUUGAUGAUGCAGAUUCUUCUCUCGCCACCAUAUGGAUGAUAAAAAAACUAAAAGCACAUGAAAAAAGGAAAACAAGCAAGGGAUUGGAAAUAAAAAAACAGAAGUACACAUACUCAGAGAUAAAGAGUAUCACUGACAACUUCAAAGUUGUUAUUGGGAAAGGAGGAUUUGGAGAAGUUUACCAUGGACAUAUAGGUGAUGCCCAAGUUGCUGUCAAGAUGCUUUCUGCAUCAUCUCAACAAGGGGACAAAGAAUUUCAGGCCGAGGCUUAUCUUCUCUUGAGUGUUCAUCAUAGAAAUUUAACUUCGCUCGUUGGCUACUGCAUUGAAGGCAAGCACAAGGGAAUCAUCUACGAGUACAUGGCUAAUGGGAACUUACAAACGCAUCUAUUUGAUACGAGUUCAAAGGUCUUGAAUUGGGAAGAAAGACUACAAAUAGCGUGUGAUGCAGCAAAGGGUCUAGAGUACUUGCAUCAUGGAUGCAAGCCACCUAUAGUCCAUAGAGAUGUGAAGUGUAACAACAUCUUACUGAAUGAAAAGUUUCAGGCAAAACUAGCAGACUUUGGGUUGUGCAGAGCUUUUCCAACAGAAGCUGCUACACAUAUUUCAACAGAAGUUGCUGGCACUCCUGGGUACCUUGACCCUGAGUAUUACUUGUCAUACAGGUUGACUGAGAAAAGUGACCUUUAUAGCUUUGGGGUUGUGCUUCUAGUGAUAAUUACAGGUCAACCAGCAAUAACUAGAUACGAGAAUGACAACAUACACAUAAGCCGAUGGGUUAAAUUACAGCUUGCAGAAGGGGAUGUGAAAAGCGUGGUUGAUCCUAAGAUACUAGAGGAUUUUGAUGAUGAUUCAGCAUUGAAGGCAGUAGAACUGGCAAUGGAAUGUGUUGCAGACACACCCAACAGAAGACCCACCAUGAAUGAAGUGGUGAUGGGGUUAAAUGAAUGUUUGGUGGCAGAAAGAGCUCGCCUGGAAACCAAAGUACUAGAUAGUUCAACUGAAAUCGUAUCUGUUGAUCUCGAGGAUGCAAGGUGAUCAAAACCCAAGAUAAUGAAUUAAAAUAUAUAACCACAUUCUUUAUUUGUUUCUUGGGCUUCUAGGUUCUAAAUUAAGUAUCCUUAU